CUACACUUCUGUUUUCUAGAAGUCAAUUAGCGCUAUGAAGCUCCAGUUUCUACCAUUUCUGCCAUUGGCGUCAAUCGCCAGCGCCAGCUGGUCGAAGAACCUGAACUAUCGUUCACCCUCAGAGCACCACCCUGCUUUGGGGAUUUCGAUCCAUAGGGUUGUCAAGAGGAAUGAUCCUCAAUCCAGUUACGAUACAGCGACCCUGAACUUUACUCAUGGCGUCGCUUCCGGUGAUCCAUACCCCAACAGCGUCAUUCUUUGGACCCGUGUUGCGCCGCAGAGCGACAACUCACAGUCAAACUUGACAGUCACUGGAUACGCUCCCUUGUAUGAUCACGACAAUGAGAAGUACGUUCACGUCUCGAAGUCGCCUGUUUGCGUGGAGUACAAGGUCGCCUCGGAUCAGAAUCUUACCAGCACGGUGGAUUCUGGCAAGGUUUACACCAGCUCCGAUGUAGACUUCACUGUCAAGGUUGAAGCCCAGAACUUGAAGCCAUACACCACGUACUACUACCAAUUCAAUGUCUGCAACUCGAACAACAAGAGUCCACUUGGACGAACGAAGACAACACCAAACGCAGACGACGAUAUCACUGAAGUCGGCAUUGCUGUGUACAGCUGCGCAAAUUAUCCCUUUGGUUUCUUCAAUGCGUACGGCAAUGUUGCACGAAAGGACUCGGUUGAUUACGUCGUGCAUCUCGGAGACUAUAUCUACGAAUAUGAGAACGGCUACUAUGGCUGGGGCAACAGCCUGGGACGAAUUCCCCUGCCCGACCGCGAGAUCUUUACUCUGUACGACUACCGCAAGCGCCUAGCCACAUACCGUACCGAUUUGGACCUUGUCGAAAGUCACCAGAAGUUCCCUUGGAUUCCAGUGUGGGAUGAUCACGAGGUAGCGGACAACACAUACCGUGACGGCAUGGCUGAAUUGAACAACACAGAGGACUCCUUCAUCAAGGAUGGCGUAGGCGUGGCUGUAGACCAGCGCAAGAUGAACGCCGUCCGUGCUUACUUCGAGUGGAUGCCGAUUAGGCAAGUCGACAUGGACGAUAACCUCCGUAUCUGGCGAUCGUUCUCCAUUGGAAAGCUGGUCGACCUGACGAUGCUCGAUACUCGUCAGUACGAUCGAUCAAUCACCGACUUGUACUGGAACACCGAUUACGUUCACGAAAUCUCGAACGAUGCAGGCCGAUCACUCAUGGGCUCGCGUCAAGAGAACUGGUUCUACAGGAAGCUUUCAGAGUCAGCCAAGCGCGGUGCAACAUGGCGAGUGAUAGGGUCCCAGAUCGUGUUCUCACGCGUGAACCAGUCGGCAGCUUAUGGCAACGAUAACCCUGUGAACUACGACGCCUGGGACGGAUACCAAGCGAACAAGAACCGCACCCUGAACCAUUUGUACAGCAACAACAUUAACAACAACAUCUUCCUCGCCGGCGACAGCCAUGCUUCAUGGGUCAGCGACCUCGUCUGGCUAGGCGAAAAGGAGUACAACAAGAGCACGGGUGCUGGCAGCAUUGGUGUCGAAUUCGCCGGUAGCGCUGUUACCUCACCGUGCCCAUACGGCGCGAACAUCAGCCUCGCCACCGCCAACAACUACUCCACAUGGCUGCAAAAUGCGAACGACGAGCUUCAGUGGCAGGACUUGUACUAUCGUGGAUACUUCGAGCUCCACUUCACGCAUGAUAAGGUCGAUGCAAAUUUCUUUGGCUUGCCUACCGUUGUCACCAGGAACGGAUGGGAGAUCCCCAUUGCGAACUUCACCGUCCUUGCUGGCGAGAACAAGCUGCAACGGCCUGUGGCAGGAGGAGUUGUUGAAAGUGGAAGCUUGAAGUUCGGCAAAGUCGUGCAGAACAACGUAACCCUCGAUACGAACAACGGCACCUGGUUCGUAAGCCAUGCUGACUUAGAGGUCUUGUAAGGGGCGAAUUAUAGCCAUCGUGCCAUCUCUGGUCAGUCAAGAGAGUUAAAAUUGUAUGCAUCAACGAC